GAGAGUUUGUCAGAGAACAAUGUUUAGAAUGUCUUGUUUUCUUGUGAUAAUGUUUGUGAUUGUAACAUUUGGUGCUUUUUCUGAGGCUGCAGCUCAUCAUCAUAAGAAACCUACUUCUGCUGUUGUGGUUGGUACUGUUUUUUGUGACACAUGUUUUCAACAGGAUUUCUCUAUGGGAAGUCGUUUCAUUUCAGGUGCAUCAGUUGAAGUAGAAUGCAAAAACGGAGACACCAUUUCAAAACCAAGCUUCAAGAAACAAGUGAAGACAAACAAUCAUGGUGAAUUCACAAUCCAGCUUCCAUUCUCAGUGAGCAAACAUGUGAAGAGAAUCAAACAAUGCAUAGUAAAACUAGUAAGCAGCAAUGAACCAUAUUGCUCCAUAGCCUCAACAUCCACAUCUUCAUCACUUCACCUAAAAUCAAAAACACAAGGCCUCCACAUAUUCUCAGCCGGUUUCUUCUCAUUCAAGCCACUCAAACAACCAAACCUAUGUAACCAAAAACCAAGUAGUUUUGUUCUCGAUUCCUCGAAAAGAUCUCCGCUUCCUCCAAAUAUCGAUCCAUCUUUUCCACCUCCACUUCGAGAUCCAGACACACCUAGUAGCGGCGUUCUUCCUUUACUUCCGCCUAUUCCUUUAGCACCCGAAAUCCUUACACCAAUAUUGCCACCGGUGUUGUCACCAUUAGUACCGAGUAACGAGGAUGAAACAAAGGAAGUUGAAUCGUCGGAUGAAAAAGUAACCAACAUUGAUUCAUUUAACUUUCCUCCUAAUCCAUUUUUAUUGCCACCAUUAGUCGCUAAUCCGUUUCAACCACCUCCAUUAGUCCCUAAUCCACUUCAACCACCAACUCAAACACCAUUAAUUCCUAAUCCAUUUCAACCUCCUCCAGUAGGAUCACCAUCACCAUUGUUUCCUUUUCCACCAACUUCAUCAUCACCACCACCAAGUUUGUCAUUUCCUUUUCCUCCAUUGUUCCCUCCACGUCCUCCUUCUUCAAAGAAUGUUUCUCCUUAGAUAAAUAGGAGAUAUCUAUUAUAUAUAUGCAUAAUAAUUUCUUAUAUGUAAUGAAGUUUUUAUUCAGUUAUAUUGAAUAUGGCAUGAUGUAUAACAUGUUUUAGUGACUAAUACUGAAAAAAUUGAAACAUUGUUAUGUAUUAGUAAUAAAUUUUAUGUAUAUGAUUAGUCACCAUUG